AUGACAAUGAAACACUUCUUGUAUUUGGCUGCCGCUGCUGGUUUCCUGCCUAUUUUCAUUAUAAGAGCAAAACCUGCUCCAGUUCCGUACAACACACUCCUCACUGAAUUGGCAACUGUCCAAGAAGAAAUCGUUACUGUACAUAACAGCCUCAGGAGAGGGGUAAUUCCAUCAGCCAGCAACAUGCUGAAGAUGGAUUGGAGUGAGGAAGCAGCACAAAAUGCCAGAAUGUUGUCAACGCAGUGUGAAUUAAGAAAGAGCAAUGCACUUAUGAGGCGAAUUACAAAUACUUUUUGUGGAGAAAAUAUGCAUUUGACACCUUAUCCUAUCUCAUGGUCAAAUGUAAUUGAAACCUGGUACAAUGAAUCUAAAUAUUUUAACUAUUGAGAAUGGACUUCAACGGAUGAUGUCAUAACGGUUGAGCAUUAUACUCAGGUUGUUUGGGCCACUUCUUACCUCAUUGGCUGUGGAAUAUCAUCAUGCCACCAAAGAAAGACAACUCAAUACCUCUAUGUUUGUCACUAUUGUCAUGAGGGAAAUGAUCUUAACAAAAAUGAUGAACCUUAUAACGAGGGAACUCCAUGUGCAGACUGUCCAAAUGACUGUGAAAAUAAACUUUGCACCAACCCCUGCAUCUACUAUGAUGAAUACAAUAAUUGUGAGGCAUAUAUAUAUGGUUCUGGAUGCAGUCACCAGGCGGUUCAAUAUUUCUGCAAAGCUAGUUGUCUGUGUGACACGGAGAUAAAAUAA